AUGACUAAUGGAGUCGCCAAAUUGCAACUUGUUAAGUUUGAUAAACGCCUUGGUUAUAGAUUCAGUAAUGAUUAUGUCAAAACACGAGCAAAUCAUCCUUACUCCCAACUGCAGCAGGUGUUCAAGCAUGUGGGCAUAGGGGCUGUUGUGGGAGCCAUAUCACGCAAUCUUCAUGAACUUCAGGACCGUCAAGGAAGCUACUUAUCAAUAUAUGAUCAUCCUUCCCUUCCCCUUCAGUAUCCUGUCGUUGAUUCAAUAAAAGCAGCAGUGGACAGGUUAACCCACUCAACAAAUUUCCUCAACUUUUUGGCGCAACAUGCACUCAUUAUGCCAGAAGAGCUACCUCCUCCUCCUAUUGAGGAACGGGUUGAUGAUAAGGAAUACCAUUUUAUGUCACUUCUCUUGAACUUGGCGAACACAUUUCUUUAUAUGGUCAAUACAUAUAUUGUUGUCCCUACAGCAGAUGACUACUCCAUGAGCCUUGGAGCUGCAGCAACAGUUUGUGGCAUUGUGAUUGGGGCAAUGGCAGUUGCACAGGUUUUUUCAUCAGUGUAUUUUAGUGCGUGGUCAAAUAAAUCAUACUUCAAACCUCUUGUAUUUAGCAGUAUAGUUCUUUUCGUGGGAAACAUCAUGUACGCAUUGGCUUAUGAUCUCAAUUCAAUAGCAGUUCUCCUAAUCGGUCGUCUUUUCUGUGGACUGGGUUCUGCCCGAGCUGUUAACCGGAGGUAUAUUAGUGACUGCGUGCCACUGAAAUACCGCAUGCAAGCAUCAGCGGGUUUUGUUAGUGCCAGCGCUCUCGGAAUGGCUUGUGGUCCUGCUCUAGGUGGUUUUCUUCAAACUAAUUUCAGGAUCUACAAGCUUACGUUCAAUGAAGAGACUUUGCCUGGCUGGGUUAUGGCUGUUGCCUGGCUUGUAUACUUAAUUUGGUUGUGUAUCUCAUUUAAAGAACCUUCUCGUGAGAUUGAGGAGAAUAGUAUACGACAGGAAUCUAAUGCUGAAGCAAUAGAGAAUGAUUCACUUGAGAGCGGACCUAAACAACCAUUGCUUAUUAGUUCAGAAGACAAGCAACAAGAUGAAGAUGGGGAGCAAGAAUGUGAUGAAGAUGGGGAGCAAGAAUGUGAUGAAAGUGAAGAAGUUUGUGAGGAUUCUCACCGCGCAGCUACUUCAAUUAGAUCAGCAUAUAGACUACUUACUCCCUCUGUAAAGGUACAGUUAUUGAUAUAUUUCAUGCUCAAAUACGCAAUGGAGAUUUUACUUUCAGAAUCUAGUGUCAUUACCACAUACUACUUUCAGUGGUCCACGAGCACAGUGGCGAUUUUUCUUUUUUGCGUUGGCCUCACGGUUCUUCCAGUAAACAUUGUUGUUGGAAACUACAUUAGCAAUAUGUUUGAAGACAGGCAAAUCUUAAUGGCAUCUGAAAUUAUGGUUUGUAUAGGCGUACUCCUGAGCUUCCAUAUAUUUAGUCCAUACACUGUGGCACAGUAUGUCUGUUCAGGACUCAUAAUGUUUGUUUUUGCCGAAGUACUUGAAGGUGUUAACUUGGCACUCCUUUCUCGGGUCAUGUCGUCCCGGCUUUCCCGUGGAACCUAUAAUGGUGGACUACUAUCAACAGAAGCUGGGACAAUUGCACGAGUGAUCGCAGAUGGCACGAUAACCUUGGCCGGAUACUUGGGGAAUAGUCGACUCUUGAAUGCCACCCUGCUUCCUUCACUCGUCAUUUGCGUAUCCUCCAUUAUUGCCACCUGCUACACCUACAACUCUCUCUAUUGAUUCGUAACUUCUAUCAAUCAGGUAUAUCCAGGCAGCGUAU